ACUGAGACUCUUGGGGCUGUGGUUGCUUUGGUGGGCGGUCCUAGUGGUCAGACCAUCAGGAAGUAGUAUUUGGGGCUGCAAGCAGCCCUUAGGUUGGAGCAUGGGAAGAUUUUCCCUUGGGAGACCAAGAUGACACAGCGGCUCCUCAAGUCCCAGUUCGAGUACCAUGCCAGAGACAAGAAGCUCGGGAAGAUCCACAGAGCGGCCAGCAAGGGGGACGUGCUGACAAUCCGCCACCUCUUGGAGGUGCGGGCAAGCGGAGUUAACGACAGAGACAGGAGCAACAGAACCGCUCUGCACCUGGCUUGUGCCAAAGGACAUGUAGAAGUUGUCAAUUUCCUCAUAGGAAGACAAUGCCUGAUUGAUGCCAUUGACGAUGCAGACAUGACACCUCUGAUGAAGGCUUUGCAACAAAUUUGGACAUGUGGAUCAUUUGAUUGCACCUGGUGUGGAAGACUUCAAUUUAUUUACAAUGAAAGAAUCAUCAACUUCAUCAGAUGUAAAGAAUAAAAAUGAUACUGCUGGCAUUCAAACUGCAAAAAAAGAACAAGCACAUAAAGAUGGAAUAAAUUGUACUGAUAAAUUUUGCAAUUACACAAAUGCAGUGUCUACCUUAAGAGCAGAAGAAAAAAGUGUAGAAUCAUCUUCAGAUUCUAAGAGUAUUUCUAAAAGUCCUCUGCAGAAAAAUGAUGAUCAAGCUGGAACUGCAGAGAAAAGAGAGAGAUGCAGAAAUCCACCACUAAAAAACAGUAAUAAGAAAGAAAAAGCACCAUGGGCCAUGUCAAAAGAGCCAUUCCACAGGAGUUUCAGAACUAGUAAACAUAAUACCGUGGUACCUGAAUUAGAGCAUGUCAGUUCUCCAACACACAAUGACACAGAAAUAACACUGAAGAAAGGACAAACCCUGCUUGAAAGAACUGAAUGUAUCCAGACACAGAACAGGAAGGAGCCAUCCUUGCAAGGCCCAGGCAAAGAACGUCCUAGACCGAAAAAACAACAGAUCAUGGCAUCAUGAUUUUACUCUUAACGACCAAGAAUGGGCAUGAUGCCUGAAGUGAGACAGCCAUCAUCGUUGAUCUUUCUUAUAUUGUCAUCAAACAAAAUUAAAGUGUGCAAUCAA